CGAAUGUGCGUUACAUUGUUUUUUGGCGGCAUGUGCUUGUUUUUGCCCGAAGUGCUUAGGCCUGGGUUUUUCCCCAAAAUUUGAUCAAGAUCACGCAGCAAAAAGCCAGAAUUUGUGGCUUAAGCAUGGUCAACUUGUUACAAUCAUUGCAAUGAAUACCCUUGGGAACGCUCAUUCUAUUAGUGGAUACUUAAUUUACUGUGCACAUUUGUAAUCACGUUUGCAACUGUUUAUUCUGAUUUUGCAUAAGAAAUUUGACUUUGAGUACUUUGUACCUGGAAAAUGCAUCACGACUUAAAAAACACUAAUCCUCAAGUGGAAUGACAUUUAAAUUCUAAUCUAAAAACCUGUCAAUAUAUAAACAAGAUAUAUAUAUCUUGUUUAUAAUCUAGCAUUAUGUUGGUCGUCAAAUUGUAUUCCUUAAUAAAUUUGUCUUGGAGUCGUGGCUCUUAUGGUACUCAAAACAUCUUCAAGUUGCUUUAAAAGACGGGUAAGAGCUUUUUAGCCCAUGAGUACUUUUGCCUUAUUGAUUGGUUGCAUUUCUCGCUGGGCAAGCUGAAAGUCGAGGAUUAAAAUAAACAAAAUAUUUUUUUAACAUCCUGCUAUGUACAUAACACAAUUCCAAUAUUUUUCACUGCAUUCCUCAAAUGCUUCCAAAUAUAUCUUUGUUAUGGAUUUGAAUGCCUUUUGCAGAAUAACUGUCUGUUUGAAGUGAUUUUCUAUUAUAUUUGGAUUACAGUGAUACGAUAAUGAAUUAAUAUCACAGGCUGGUUAAACACCCUCAAGAUCUGUAAGACCGAAGGAAGUAGACUUUAGGAAAGUUGUUAAAUGUAUAGUAUAUUUUAAUGCUGUAUCGAAGCACACACGACUUGGAUUUACUUGUCAUAUGCAACAUAAACCGAAAAAGGAGUAUCUUAGUCAACAUUAAGUAUAACCACUUAAAGUGAAUUAGUAUGGGCUUUAUCAAUUCGUGGUUAGUCAUCACAUCCCUCAGCUUGUUGUGUUAUUUGGGUUGGGAUUGGAUUAUGGAACAACCAAGGAUACUUGAACCUAGGGAUGAAACCCUAAAAUUAUUGAGUAUCUGUUUGAUUCUGCUUAAUUUUGUAUCACUUACCCGUCUGUUUAAAUAUAUUUCUGUCAGGUAUUGGAUAUCACUAUUUAAAAAUUAAAAAUCUUAUUUUUAUUUACCAGUUUUUUUCAUACAUCUUAGAGUGCCACAGUCGAUCUUGAUGCAGGUGAAGAGCCAAGUAGCACAUUUACAGACCGACACCUGUGUGAAAGUCGGGAUAGAUUUUUGCUUAAUAGCAUCCUAAUAUUUGUUCUUCGGAAGGGGUAUACAGCAAUUUUAAAAGAAGUUAUUCAGCUUUACGGUCAAUUAUGUCUUAAACCACCACCUUUUUGUGUAUGGUGUUGUGCAACGGUGUUAUUUUCCAAAACUUUAAAUGAAGAUUUGAUUGAGACUGAUUCUAACAAUUGCAAUUUAUCUACUAAUUAUCAAGAUCAAUUAGAGACUUUAAUUACAGUGGGAAAUAAUUUAUUUUCCACACUAAAUGAUUCAUCGCCGUAUAAACCAUGCCUUAACACUUAUUUAAAGGAGGCUAGACGUAUUAUUAUGCAUCUAUACUUGGAAUCAUCUGCACCAACAAGUAAUUAUACUCUGUGUUUUUCCAAAUUGAAUCAACAUUAUUCUCAAUCAGAUCUAACUGAUGAAGUACACAACUUCCGAUUACGAUUUUUAACACUAUUCGUAUCUGAGAACAAAGUUAAUUGUUAUUUAAAUGAAAGAUGGUUCCCCGCUAGAUUUAAUGUUUUUAAAAAACUACAACAAUUAGCAUUUGAUAUUGUUAAACAUUUACCUGAAGUAUUAUUGGAUAAAGUUGGAUCAAGUGAAUGGGUAUAUAAUGAUGCAAUACUAUUAGAAUUAAAUACACUUUUAGCUUUAAUUAUACGUCAACAAUUCAUUCGUAAAUCUACAUGUACAGAAGAAGAUUUAUUUGAAUUGAUUCAUGCUUAUCAUUCUCAAUCAUGUCCAUCUCAGUUACUUUAAAAUUGAAGAUUCAUUGGCUAUUUUCUCAAUACAGUUAAACUUCAAGAAGUUCAGAAGAAAAUACACGUUUUCGUUCUUCAAUGGUUUACAAGUAUCGUUUCUUCAUCAGAACCUUUUGUUGCACUUCGACUAUCUUCUGUAUCCCGUCUCUUCAAGAUUCAUUAGUUUGCUCUGUUUACGAGUUAUUUAUGAGAUUGAUAUGUGGUAGUGAAAGUGUGGUUGGUCACUGAGUUUGGACAAAGAGACACACAACUUACUGACUAUUAAAUGUGUGAUUCCCUUUAAUUUUUAUUGAUUUCUACUCCAGACCCACUGAGAGUGACUGCUUGUAAUUGUAAGGCACAAAGUAUUGUAUAAUUUGUACUCCAGUUUUCUCUUCGUGAUCAUGAAUCUUGUAUCUGAUAUAAUGUGAUCUACAUGUGUAUGGAGGAUCGUUCGAGUAUUUUAUCCUGAAGUAGUAUAAACUCGGUUAUCCAGCCCAGUCUUAUUACCGUCUUAGCAUAGAAUACCGCAGAGGGAAAUCUAUCUGAAUUCGUCCGUUAUAUCGGAAAUCCAUUCCUUAAUUAUUAUACGAACUAGGGAAGCAGCUAUUAAUGACUUUUGAAUGUCUGUCUAGUUAUUUUUGCACUCCUCAGAUUUAGAGUUGUGCUUUUCAUUGCUCUAUGAAAUUUCCUGGACUCGUCUGCUACUUCAAAAAUCGUCUGCUAUUUUGUGGAUAAUGCAUUCUAUACAUCCAGAUUCCAAACCUUUUGAUGCUGCAUGACUUGGAAGGUACUAUCCGUAACAUUUUAGCGGAUUUGAUGGCUACUAACUACGAUUUUCUAGCUACGGUGUGUCUAGGAUGUCACACUUUAUUCAGACUAGACAGUUGAUGAUCGAUUGUAUCCUGAAACUAUCCAUGAAAACUGUCUAGGUAAUCUGAAAUGCUCUUGUUUUUUCUAGUUACGGAAUUCGCAUUUGUACUAGUAGUUCUUACAAUAAUGGUGUCAACAAUAUAUGAGAACAAAAACUGGUAGACCGUUGUGUUUUGAAUAUGGUAGAUUACUGUUAUAAUGAACUUCUUGAAAAUGAAUUUAUUAUUGUAGAAUGUUAUAAAGGCAUGUACAUUCUGCCUAACUUCGUGAACUUUCAUAUGAGGUUGCACUCAGUGACUUUACGACAUCUUUAAUGAAGCGGUGAAAUAAAUUGGUCUAAUUCUUGCAAAAUUUAUCACGAGAAUGAAAAUACAGUACUGAAAUUUGUAGUUGCUGUAAAUCUGCUGGAAAAUAAUGUUUCAUACUGAGUGGAGGCAAUAUAGCGUGCUGAAGUUAGUCAUCAAGCCAUUAAUAACAUUUUUACCGGAUAUUAACCAGUUGGAGAAUAAAUGAAAAUGAGGAAAUGUCAGAGGAUCAGUAAAUAGUGAAUUAGAAUUGUCGAUUUAUUAUUAACGUAUGUAAAAAUGACAUGAAUUCUAUUUAAGAGUAAAAUGAAUUAGCAUAGUCACUAAUAAUUUAACAUAAAAAUGAUUUAGUAAGUCACACUGAAAUAGCACUAACUGGUGAAUGAUGCUAGUAGUUGUAUUUGCUUUAGUGUGAAUUUUACGCUACAAUAAUUAGUUAUUAUGUAUCGUCGACAGAAUCCUAAUCACAAGUGUCGGCCUCCUGUUACAUCUGUAUUAGCAAGCUAAUUGAAAGCACCGGAGAAAGCAGACCAUUAUUUGAACAUAUGAAGUUAGCAGUCGGUUAGUACUCAGAUGUUUGAGAGAUGAGAUAAUUGUAUGUUGUUACAAUCGGUAAGACUCCUAAACUACAAUUAACGGUGGCAUUUGAUGUUUGAUAUGUUCUCGACUGAUAUAUCAUAUGUAUGUGAUGAUAAAUAGUAAGUGCUCCAUUGUAGUCCAAAAAUUAAUCACCAGAUCAUCGUCAAGCAGAACAUGAGUAGUAAUCAUAAGUUUCCCUAUGACACCUCUACAACAUUGGUCCCUACUGUUGUCGAUGCUUGAUAAGUGCGAUACUGUUGAUGUUAGUUUUCAGGAGGUUUGCUUGAGAUUCGUGGUCAUGUUUGUGUCACCAGACCACCAGUUGAAACGAUCAGGUUGUGAAUUAUUUACUAUAAGAGUGUAUGUAUUGAAAUCGUCUGUUAGAUAAAAACGGUCAUUAGAAAGCAAUACCUCAUUUGUCGAGUAGUUACUUAUAUAUAUCUGUCGACAAAGUCAUUUUCAAUGGAUAAUCGAGUGUACCGAUCAUAUUUCUUGAUUGUCAAGUCAUACGGGUGCUUUGUGAUGCAUCUAUGAUGUUAAUGAGUCAUUGAUGUUGAAUGCAAGCAGUACUAUUUUUGAUGCGUUGAACCAUUUAUGCCUUUCAUUUGCUCACUUCUGUAGCGGCUUCAUAUCUACAAAAGCUUAUCCUUUUUUGAACUGAUUUAUGGCUAAAUUAUCUUAUGAAUGUUAAAUGCGUCAAUCACAAUCCUAUUAAUUGUGAACUUUCACCCAUGGACCAUAUUAUUCUUGGACUAUAUAAACUCAAAUUGCUUUUGACUGAGAAUUCAAACAUACAGUACGAUUGAUAUUUACAUCAAUCAAUUAAUCACUUCACAGCAUACACCAUAUAUGAUUCUCAUUUCAUACAAACUCAAUACUCUAUACAAUUGUUCUACUGAAUCACUGUGUGUGAAAUCUACCUCCUAAACAUCUCGUAUUCGACUUCCAACAUUAUAUUGUAAUCAAAGUUCGUUAUACAACAGGAAAAGUCGUACCACUAACCUGAGACCAAUAAAAUGUAGUCGAAUAUGCUUCCGAGAAUUGGUGAGCCUCACAAACGAAAUAAAUGCAGCAUAUCUUGUAAAGGUUCAAGUGAAUUCCCACGUGUAGAUUGUCCUACUGAUGUCGAAGUCAUUGACAGUGUAACUACAACGCUGCAUACCACAGACUUGUAGAGGUUGUCUCCUUUCCAUUUGUGUUAUAAUCUCUUUCUUCUUACUGUCAGACCCAGCUAUUCCUAUUGCUUAGUAUUCUAGGACACCGAUUCACUCGACAAGACCCCAAAUCAGAACACGGUUGAACAGGAAAGAGAUUAUAUUCCAAAUAACAAGGUUAGAUGGAAGUAAGAUGCAAGCCAGAAGCACAAUAGAGAAAACGUCAGUAUAUUUAUAGUUUUUACAUGAGAAGAUUCCAGAGUAUUCUCCAACUAUCGACUAGUGCUGAUUGGAUAAGAAUUAGCCAAUCAGCGCGCACCAAAGCAAUCAUGCAUUGAGCAUGCUUUAAUCUAGUCUAUGUCCCGCUAACAAUUUGACUCCAACAUAUGAUGUCCGGUUAGCAGAACUUUAGCAGGCCGAUUCUCCCCUAGCAGUGCUAUGAAUUUACUUCAGAAUAUCCAAAAGUCAGAACACCAGUUGUUGGGGUAGUGUACUGUUAAUCAUAAAAUUCAUAAUUACGAGUGAGGCAAGUACAUGGGGGAGUGAUUGUGUGAGUCAAAAUCGAAAUUUCUAUUUGUGUUAAUCAAUUGUAGGUAAGUUAUUGGCUGUCUGUGUAAACAACCAAUGGGAGGAUAGAUAAAGGUUGAGGUGUAGAUAUGCGUUUAAUCAGACCCACAGAUACUUUAACAUAAUGGGUUAAAUUACAGCAGGUAGGCAAUAAAAAACUCAAUGUGUUAAUUAUAGAUUACUACAAACCUAUUGUUACGACGCAGUGUUUCAACGUUGCAUCAAAUUAUUUUACCUUCUAACAUAAUGGAGUUAUUAUAUUGAGUGAUAUUGCUUAAAGUGUGAGAGAACACAAUGCAAUCAAUUACUGUGCAAAUACAUCCCACAAUAUAAUAAUUCCACAACGGUUGCCUUAUUGUUUCAGUAUAUUCACUUACAUGUAAGCUUUCGUUUGACAAAUACACAAUUCUGUUUUUUGAUAUAUACCGACGAGAAUAUUGAAUGCUGACUUUUGGGAUCAAUUUAUAGACAAAUACCAUAUAUAUAUAUAUAUAUAUAUACUUUUGGCUAGAUCCUGUACAAAUGUUAUUUCCUAUUUUGUGGUGUGAUAUGGUCUGUUUGGCUUGUAUAUAAACCCAAUAUGUUUGAAAUACAUGAUUCAUAUCUCCGACGCUGAGAUUGGUGUUCUGGACUCAACAUGUAGGCAGGGCUAGACAGGAAGCGGGACCGAUAACGACUCUAGACUGUUCGAAAGGGAUUAUGCGUCAUUGGUCCGGUUGAUAAUUCACUGUUUUCUAAUUGGUGGUAUCAUUACGUUAUAUAUUAAUAGGGUACAAAGCCCCAAGUUAUUACAUUUUUACCUUGCUUAAGUUCUUGUUAGUUAAUUACGUAGCUAUUUCUCAGUUAUCCUUCACUUAUGGUACAGUUAUGAGCACAAUGUAAUUUUUAAUUGACGUUGUUUGUGGUCAGAAAUGUUCUGUAUAUUGUCAUAUGAAUGUGAGUGUUUUAAAAAUGGGUGAAUAAUAGGAAUCUUACCUGCGGAGAAAAUAUAAGUUUCUCCCGUCUACUCGGUUCACUGAGUGUCUAAAGCAUACCGCCUGAAUAUGAAUAUGAGUGGAGAAAUUUCCUAACUACAUGUUAGUGAACAGAUUGCAAAAGAAUUUUAAUACUUUCUGUAGUCAUUGAAACAGUGUUCUUAUUAGUGUCCCGAAAAAUCACUAAACAUUCCGUCACCGUCGUUUAUUCAGUUAGUGACAAUCUACAGCAUGAAAUUCAGUAAAAUAUCUCACUUUCCUUUGAUAAGAUGAAAAAUACUGGACAAAACAGCCAGAACCUUAUUGAUUAGAGAAUUAAUGACCUGCAAGUUGAUUUCCUUCAACCACCAUGACAUCUAAGUCUCAUUGAAAUCAUGACCAUUUCGUCUCAGCAUCGAACUCCUCAGCAACACACAUCCACGAUCUUCCACCCUGGACAUUAACAACGGUGGAUGCCGGGUCCAUCGUCUAG